UACCGUAGCAACCACAAACACACUGUUACAGCUAGCAGGCUGCAGACUAGUGUUAACAGCUUCAGAUUAUUAUAAUCAGUACUUGUAUAUGAGCUAACAGAGAUGGACUCCAGCACUUUGAUGUAUUCAUUGGAUUUAGUGUGUGGGAACGGGCUGACCCUGAGCACCGAGCAGAAGGCAGCUCUGCACACCUCUCUGCUCAUUCUGAAGAGAAAUUACAAAUUCAACCGAGUCCUGUUUUGGGGGAAAAUCCUGGGAAUUAAAAAGGAUUAUUUCAUUGCUCAGGGGGUUGGAGAAGAUGAAAUGAGGGACAGGAAGUGUUUAUACAGUUUUAACUGCAUGGAUUGGCACUUGCUCCCUCUCGCCACCGAGGCCCUGACCGCAGAGGUGGCUGUAGCGGCUCGGGGACGUUUUAUGGGUGAACCAUCACAUGAAUACCAGCGCACUGUGAUACGGCACCAAGGAGAGGGAGAUGAUGCUGUGGAGGAGGAAGUCAUGGUGAAAGUGAGUGAAGAGAAGAGGCUAGCUGUGACUGUCUUUACCAUCAAUAAUGAGGUGGCUGUUGUACCACGUGGCGCAUACAUUAAGAGCCCUAAUGGCAUUGUACAGACUAACCGCAGCUUUGAGGGCCUGAACCCCACAGAGGCAGGAAAGUUGAACAAUUAUUUACACUUCUCUGAGCCCAAGAACCUGAAGAAGAAGUCCAUUUUGGAACUGGCUGAUCUGAAUCCUUCCAUUGACUUCUUGGAUCCUCUAAUCGAUGACAUUCCCAAAGGAUCGUGGAGUUUGCAGUUUGAGCAUGGCAGCAGGGUUUGCGUAAUCCGAAGUCUGCUGUGGUUUGGUCUGACCUUCUUCCACGUGCCUGUAACCUCCCAACAUGGUUACAUCUACAUAGGAGACGGCCUCAAGAACAUGGACCUGCCUUUCAUGAUGUAGAGAGAUUAAAAUCACACCAGUCCGUGUAAAUGUCUUAUUCUUGUGAUGAGCUUUUUUGUAAGUGUACAGAAAAAAGGUAAAGCGUUAAAGCUGUCUUGUCAGUUGAACUUCCCACCCCAUUCAUAUGUACAUCCAACAUCCAUUCACUCACACACCAACUUACACCACCCCUCAUCCACACAUUCACUCACACACUCCCUCAUCCACACAUUCACUCACACACCCACUUACACACUCCCUCAUCCACACAUUCACUCACACACUCCCUCAUCCACACAUUCACUCACACACCCACUUACACACUCCCUCAUCCACACAUUCACUCACACACCCACUCACACACUCCCUCAUCCACACAUUCACUCACACACCCACUCACACACUCCCUCAUCCACACAUUCACUCACACACCCACUCACACACUCCCUCAUCCACACAUUCACUCACACACCCACUCACACACUCCCUCAUCCACACAUUCACUCACACACCCACUCACACACCCACUCACACACUCCCUCAUCCACACAUUCACUCACACACCCACUCACACACUCCCUCAUCCACACAUUCACUCACACACUCCCUCAUCCACACAUUCACUCACACACUCCCUCAUCCACACAUUCACUCACACACCCCCUCAUCCACACACUCACACACCCCCUCAUCCACACAUUCACUCACACACCCCCUCAUCCACACACCCCCUCAUCCACACAUUCACUCACACACACCCCCUCAUCCACACAUUCACUCACACACCCCCUCAUCCACACACCCACUCACACACCCCCUCAUCCACACACCCACUCACACACCCCCUCAUCCACACACCCACUCACACACCCCCUCAUCCACACAUUCACUCACACACCCCCUCAUCCACACAUUCACUCACACACCCACUCACACACUCCCUCAUCCACACAUUCACUCACACACUCCCUCAUCCACACAUUCACUCACACACUCCCUCAUCCACACAUUCACUCACACACUCCCUCAUCCACACAUUCACUCACACACCCCCUCAUCCACACAUUCACUCACACACCCCCUCAUCCACACACCCACUCACACACCCCCUCAUCCACACACCCACUCACACACCCCCUCAUCCACACACUCACUCACACACACCCCCUCAUCCACACAUUCACUCACACACACCCCCUCAUCCACACAUUCACUCACACACACCCCCUCAUCCACACAUUCACUCACACACCCCCUCAUCCACACAUUCACUCACACACCCCCUCAUCCACACACCCACUCACACACCCCCUCAUCCACACACCCACUCACACACCCCCUCAUCCACACACCCACUCACACACCCCCUCAUCCACACACCCACUCACACACCCCCUCAUCCACACACCCACUCACACACCCCCUCAUCCACACACCCACUCACACACCCCCUCAUCCACACACCCACUCACACUCCCCCUCAUUCACACACCCACUCACACUCCCCCUCACACACCCCCUCAUCCACACACCCUCUCACACACCCCCUCAUCCACACACCCCCUCACCCACACACCCCCUCAUCCACACACCCCCUCAUCCACACACCCCCUCAUCCACACACCCCCUCAUCCACACACCCACUCACACACCCCCUCAUCCACACAUUCACUCACACACCCCCUCAUCCACACCCCCUCAUCCACACAUUCACUCACACACUCACUUACACACUCCCUCAUCCACACAUUCACUCACACACAUACACUCAUAGCAGUUUCAGUGUGGUACACAAAGCCACAACUUUUUAUUUGGAGCUUUUGUAGUUCGGGAAGCUAGGGCCAGCUUCCAACAAACACAGAACUUGUAACAGUAACUGAGGUGACUGUGAAGGCAUAUUAAAGACAAAAAAUGUG